AUGGAAAACACCGACCAUUAUGAUUCCAACGACUAUCGAUGCCGUGACAGUGGUACAUCUGAUUCUAAAUCGGACAAUGGUCAGGAUGACAGUAAUUCGGUGUCCAGUGCGUACCAAGGUUCAAGUGAUGGUGAUGGCGAUGGAGAUGGUGAUAGUCACAAUGAAAAUUUUGUUGAAUUUGAUGCAGUUGUAGGUGAUAGAACAGUGAAAAUUGAUGCCCUUACUCGUGAUGAAAUUCGUGCUAUGGAAUUCGGUACAGUUGAUGAAGCUAAUGUGUUUUAUUUCAAGUAUGCUAAAUGUAAAGGGUUUGCCAUUAGGAAAAGUGAUGUUAGGACAAGAUCGACUGAGGGUGGACAAACAAUUAUAAUGAGGCAGUUUGUAUGCAAUAAACGCGGUCUAAGAGAUACAAAACACUUAAGGAGGCUUGAUAGAAAAAGAGAACACAGACCUACGACCCGCACUAAUUGUCCCGCUAGGCUUCGUGUGCAUUACAACCCCCAGAAGGAUAGUUAUGUAGUGUCAUGA